GCACCUGCUACAACUGUAGCACUUUAAUACUCUCUCUUUUUUUUUUCUCCUAAACGUUUUCAUGCAAGACCUGGGAAGGACACAUUGUCUCGGGCCAAAAGAAAAGGUCUUUAAAGAAGAAAAAAGCCUAAAAUGGGUCUGCUGAGUUCGAAAAACCCCAAAGACAAGCAAGCCCACAUUCUCCUGCUGGGACUUGACUCAGCUGGGAAAUCUACUCUGCUUUACAGGUUAAAGUUUGCUGAGACGCUUGCAACCAUCCCAACCAUCGGCUUCAACGUGGAAAUGGUCCAGCUGCAGAGCGGUCUUGCCCUCACGGUGUGGGAUAUUGGAGGGCAGGAGAAGAUGCGAACCGUCUGGGACUGCUACUGUGAGAACGCACACGGGCUGGUGUACGUGGUGGACUGCUCGGAAGGCCAAAAGCGACUGGAGGACUCCCGCAAAGAGUUCAAGCACAUUUUGAAGAACGAACACAUCAAAAACACGCCGGUCGUCAUCUUAGCGAACAAACAAGACUUGCCAGGAGCUCUGAGCGCCGAAGACAUCACCAGGAUGUUCAAGGUGAAGAAGCUGUGCAGCGACCGGAACUGGUAUGUGCAACCCUGCUGUGCAGUCACUGGAGAAGGGCUGGAUGACGGGUUCAGGAAAUUAACUGAGUUCGUGAAGAGCCACCUGAAGACAAGAGAGACCUUAGCAUUCUUCAAGCAGAAAUGAGACAAUUAUGAAGAAAAGUGGAAUUCUGUUUUAUUUUCCAUGCAAAGUGGUGGCGGUGGCGGUGGGGGAUAAGUUGCUGAGUCGGCAAACUUU